AUGAAAGCUCGAGCAUCAACGGCUGAGCUCAUCAAUUCUUCGGCUUCAACAUCUUGCUCAUCUCUGAAUGUGUCCACUGUGCGUCUGAUCACAUUUGAUUUGUUUGGUGCAUUGAUGUUGACUGAAUCUUCAAUGAAUAGUAAUAUUGCCUCUCUUUUACCGUCAUUAUCGUUGUAUGAUGUACAGAAUUUUACAAAAGAUUGGCUAAAUGCAUAUGCGUCAUUUUUUGGAAAAUCAUUUCCACCGGCAUUAACGCAUCAACCUUUUCAAUGGGUUAUUCGUUCAUCAUUAAUAAAGAUUUUAGAUUCAUUCAAGUUGUCAAAAGUCGUGCCCGAAGAUAGUAUCACUUUCAAUGCUUUGGUAUCCGCAUGGGGAAAAUUACAACCUCGCAAUGCUACUCAAGAAGUUCUCACAAGGCUGAGCAAAAAAUAUCAGCUGGGAGUACUUUCUAAUGGCGAUGCACAGACAUUACAAUCAGCCUUACGUGUUUUCUCAGCUUCAAUCAAUAUCUCGUUUAUAUUGUCGUCAGAUUAUCCAGUAAACUGUUUCAAAUCAUGUUCAGCAAUGUAUGCUCAAGCAUUAGCUGCAGUCGAUGGAGAUAUGACAAAAGUUUUGCACGUUGCCGGUUCAGCCUAUGAUACACACGGUGCUCUUAUUUUUGGUAUUUUUUCAGGUGCACUAGACAAAUCGGCUAUGCACACAAAACCAAAACCAUGCUUUGCUUUCGAUAAUAUAGUUCAACUUCUUGCGUUCUUUGAUGUGUAA